AGAUACGUGCAGCAAAGCCGCGAUGAAUGGACACUUGGAAUUGCCUGAAAUACGCACGGGAAAACGGGUGCCCGUGGAACGAGAAGACGUGCAGCAACGCCGCGAAGAACGGACACCUGGAGUGCGUGAAAUACGCAAGGGAAAACGGGUGUCCUUGGGACGAGGAUACGUGCAGUAACGCCGCGAUGAACGGACACCUGGAGUGCCUGGAUUACGCACGGGAAAACGGGUGCCCGUGGAACGAGAAGACGUACAGCAACGCCGCGUCGAACGGUAACCUAAAGUUCCUGGCUUACGCACGGAAAAACGGGUUCUCGUGGAACGAGAAAACGUGCAGCGACGCCGCGAAGAACGGACACCUGGAGUGCCUGAAAUACGCACGAGAAAACGGGUGCCCGUGGAACGAGAAAACGUGCAGCGACGCCGCGAAGAACGGACACCUGGAGUGCCUGAAAUACGCACGAGAAAACGGGUGCCCGUGGAACGAGAAGACGUGCAGCAACGCCGCGAAGAACGGACACCUGGAGUGCCUGAAAUACGCACGAGAAAACGGGUGUCCUUGGGACGAGGAUACGUGCAGCAACGCCGCGAAGAACGGACACCUGAAGUGCCUGAAGUACGCACGAGAAAACGGGUGCCCGUGGAACGAGAAGACGUGCGGCAACGCCGCGGCUAAAGGACAAUUUGAGUACAGACGGCAAUUCGGGUGUGAUUGGGACGAGGAUACGUGCAGCAACGCCACGUUGAAUCGAUACCUGGAGUGCCUGAUAUACGCACGGCAAAACGGGUGCCCCUGGGACGGGACUUACAGUUACAGAUACCUAUAAAAGCAAUAAUGUAAAUGAAGUAUCAACAAACAAAUUUUUAAAAAUAUUCUUAAAAAAUUAUAAACAAAUUAUUUAUGUAUUUUAAUAAUACAUUAUUUGACAAUUUAUUUUUCA